AAAGAGCAGCUUUGAGCUGCAACAAAAAGAUCCACGACUGACACAAGCUGCCAUUCCUACCUGGGAAAACAUUGCGUGAAUGUUUUCAUGGAGACGGCCCGUUUCUGAGCUGAAGUGCUGGUUGUGCAUGCCGUUCGGGUGAAAAUGACACCAAGAUGACUCACCAGUGGCUUGGACAUCUGUGAUUUAAUAGAAAAAUGAGGCGUGCUCCUUUUGUCAGACUUGUCACUGCUUGUAGCCAUAGCUACUGUUGUCAUAAACCACACCAGCAUGGAUAACAAACUACAUUGAAUCAUGUUUUUUUCAUUUUUCUUAUUGCACUCACUAAAAUAACUAACUACAUCAAUUAUAUACAUAUAUUUUUGUUUGUUGUGAAUGGAUUACAUUUAAUAACCAGAGUUGAACAUGUCACUUAGUGAACAAUCGCAGAAGUGGUUCCCAACCCAUGUCCAAGCCACUGUUCUUCAAGCAACCGGUUUACAGCCCAAAGGCAAAAAUGGUACCAACGAUGCCUACACUAUCAUCCAGCUGGGCAAGGAAAAGUACUCCACAUCGGUGGCAGAGAAGACCGUAACCCCCGUUUGGAAAGAAGAAGCCUCAUUCGAGUUACCUGGUCUACUUUUGGAAGGCAAUCCUGAAGUUUAUGAACUCUGCUUAAUAGUGAUGCAUCGCUCUUUAGUUGGGAUGGACAAGUUCCUGGGUCAGAGCUCCAUCAACCUCAAUGAAAUCUUUGAGAACAAAGAGAGAAAGAAAACUGACUGGUAUUCCUUGGAGUCCAAGCCGGGAAAGAAGAGGAAAGAACGAGGUCGCAUCCAAGUCAGCAUUCAGUUCAUGAGGAACAACAUGACAGCCAGCAUGUUUGACCUCUCCAUGAAGGAGAAGCCCCGCUCGCCCUUUUCCAAGCUCAAGGACAAGAUGAAAGGUCGCAAACACGACGGCGGCUUCAGCGACACGUCCUCGGCCAUCCUGCCUCGCUCUGCCGGGUGUGAGUCGGAGCCCGGCCGCCAGUCUUCCGCCCCAGACCCGCAACCCCAGCCAGACACAAAGGUCCGGCGGCCGCUGCUGUCCGGUGCCCAGAAACUCUCCGCAGCCCAUUCCAUGUCAGAUCUCAUCGGGACCCACUUUCGACCCAAACUGGACUCCAUGAACUCCAUAGAAGAAAGUGGAAGUACAGGUGGCCCUCACAGGCGUUCCCAGAGCGAGGUGCCGGGAUACCAGGACGAAGAAGCACACAGUGACCCUUUCACUGAUAUCAGCGACACCCUGCCACAGAAGUAUGCCACGCUCCCACGCAACCGCAACCCGUUUGAGGGGGAGCACGGGCAGCUGUGGGACCGGGGGGAGAGGAGGGAGAAGAAGGAGAAGGUCAGCCUACUGGAACGCGUGACGGGAAAGAAGGAAGGCCGCAAGACCAGCAACGGGGCGCGUUCUGGGAGUUCUGGAGACCUGCGCUCUCCCAACCCGUUCAGCGGAGACUCCCAAGCAGAAACCAACCCAUUCAGCUCCACCUACAAAGCCAGUGAUAAGAAGCAGACGGGAAAUGACAACAUUACCUUUGGCCAAAAGAAGAAAAAGGACAUCUGUGGCAAGAAAAAUGAGCUGACCCAGGACACCGUGGCCAACUACAGCAAACUGUCCUUUGAAGAAGUCGCGCAGGAGCUCAUCAGGCAGAAGGAAGUGGUGAAGAAGAAAGACGCACACAUCAGGGAGCUGGAAGAUUACAUCGAUAACCUUCUUGUACGAGUCAUGGAGGAGACGCCGAGCAUCCUACGGACGCCGUACGAGCCAAAAAGGAAGGCGGGUAAACUUUCUAAAAAGUAGGAGGAAAAAAAAAAAGAAAAAGUUGCCGAUGAAGGUUUGGCAACAGCUUGUUCAUCAGUAUCGAGUCGUCAAAGAAAUGGGAACGAGUGGAAACGAUCAAAUUUAGGGUUAAUGGAGGAUUUCUAUUUAAUGGUUGUAGAUUUUACAGCUUUUUUUUCAUGAUUAUUUUGCAGGGGUUUUUUGUUUGGCAUUCUUUUAUUUCUGUUUCACCCUUACUUUGAGUUCCUGGUGCAGAGCAACGUGGAUACACGAAAUUCACUGGCUGCUUGGAGUUGAAUCAAAUAAGAUACCGGCUGUGAUUUUGUUGGCCGUAUCGCCUCGACCCCAUCAGCCACAGAAGUCUCCUGCGCAUACAGGUGAAGCCGUCACCUGCCAUGGCAGAAAGUCCUGCCAAAUUCAUGUUUACAACCAAAUACAAGUCUUAAACUUAAACACGCACUUGGGAGAGGCAGCCCCUCCAAGUGUAUUAAAUGAUGCAUAUGGGGACGGAUUCGGCCUGAGAGAUAUGUUUAGAAAAACUGGAGAUUUUUCCAGACGGCAUCCAGGAGUCUGAUCUUUUUUUGUUUGUUUUUUUUUCCGAGAACAAAUGUACAUUCCUGCUACGAGGUACUGAUUUAGCUGAGUUUGGUUUGUGUUGACUGUGACGUGAUUUUCUCGAGCUCAGAGCCUCACAGCCGUUCGCUGGAGGCGACAACUUCACUGACUUUUAAGUGCAAUAUAAUCACGACUUAAGCUUGAUGCUUUAUAUAAGUUCUUGUUUACAUACUAAUCACUUCUUUGAGUUAAACUCAUCUCUUAAUCUUGAGUCGAUCGGUAGGAAAGCUUGGAGUUGUGUUGUUACGGUCUCUACCGAUCGACCGGCCUUCAUCUCAUUCAAAUGCUGUUUAUUUUGGCUGAAGAUUGUAUUAAGGGUACUUGGUUACACAUGUGGAUGUAUGCUGCACAAUCUUUAUUUAUAAAUGUUUCAUAGUACAUAUGAAGAUUUUAAUUGCUCUGCGGUACGUUAAGACACUACUGAUUCAUGACGCCGCCUCGGGUGUUGUAAUAACACUGAAUUGUUACAAGUUACUGAACAUUUUGUCAAUUUCUAUGAACUCUUUCAGACCUUGUUUGGAAACAACCCCCUAAAACCUGCGUGUUUUCUGAAAAACUUGACAGAAUGACUUCUGAAACGGUUGUUAUUCAGCUUAUUGAAGUAAUUCAGAGGUUAAAGCCUCUGCUUUUUUUUUUUUUCUUCUCAUUUUCUUUUCUCGUUAUAGCCUUUACGCUCACCAGUAUUGUUUGACUCUAUUCAGGUGUAUCUGCUAUUAAUGGGUUAACUCUGCGCUCGUGCAUAAUGUAAUACGAAUAAUGCCUCAGUGUUUUUUUCUCUCUUUUUUUUCUUCUUCUUCAAAAUAAUCCAUAGGCUUCCAUUUAUAAAAAUGUGUUUCCCCGGUUCACUGAGUGCUAAUGAGAAUCUGCUGAUUUGUUAAAGGUACGUAACUAGCAGCUGCCGUUUAGUUCACAAAUAUGUGUUUUACAUCCUAACCAUUUUCAUUCGGCCGCUGUGUCGUCUUAUUCUGAGACGCUAAUUGCCACUAGGCACGUUUCUGUGUGAAACCACGCUUCCUGAUUCAGUUGCUCCAUCAGUUGUGAUUGAGCUUCGCACGGUGGCCGAGGUUUACUAACAAACGCGUUACUCUUGGUUACUCUUACUACAUUUUUAACUUAUUUCUAUUCGAUGGAAAACGGCUUUAUCUCCAGUGUUAGUCAUACUUUUUACAUUUUCUGCGCUGCCAUUUUUACUGGUGUAUGAAGCUGUGGUCCUACUGGUCUUGUUUUUCUAGUAUCACUUCUGUUAUUUAUGAAUGUCUUUUUUUUUUUAAACUGCAGUUGUGAAUAUGUGACCUUUACACUGUAUGAUGCCAAAUCACAGGUGAGACGACCUGCCACAACGUAUCUCUGGAAUGUCAACCUUUCUAAAGACAACAGGACUUUGAUUUUUCAUGAAUGUGGCAUCCUGUAGGAACUGAUUCCUCUUAAUUUUUGUUCCUCUGAAAGUGGUUUUCUGAUUGGCUGUGAUCUCUUUUUGGAUUUGAAGCCAAGGUCUCAUUUUACUGAAUGUACUCCUUGUCGGCUUUGAAAUAUUUAUUCUGAAACGAGUGUUUGUGUAUAAUAUAUAUAUAUAUAUAUAUCAUACACUAUCACGGACAUUAGCUUUCACAUGCCUUUAAAGUAUUUGGUUUAUCCAAAGAGAUCAUUUCACUCAUGUCUUUUCUUUUCUCUGCAUUUCUUUCUGUGUACUUUUAUGAACUUGCACCGUUCUUUACAAACGAGUAACUGUUGAAACAGAUUUUGUAUUUUGUGAUGCCAAGAAUGUUUUAAUCACACGAUGGAAUAGCUUUGCACUGAUUGCCUUCUCACGUUUAAGUGGAAAUCUAGCGUGCUUUUGUUUAAGGCAUCACCACCCGCUUUUCACUCGACAUUCAUGGGUCUUUACAAACUCUUGAUACUUGAUUUCUACCACCAUAAACCCACUCAUUUUGGCCUUCCUGGGGAUUUACUCUAUCCGCGAGAGAGAUAAUCAGUCGUCGUCGUCGUCGUUACUAUUACUUGAGUAACAUUUCAGAAGUUGGCGUAAAAGUGGAAAAUGGAGUAAUUUUUUUGUUGUGGCUUUUUAGUGCAUCCAAGUAAACGGGUCAGAUACCCUCAUGAACACCAUGAGCCCUAAAGGCCCCGCUGCUUGAAUCACAAAACAAGAAAUGAAGUCUGACAACAAUUCAUGUGAGAUUAUUUAGUUUGAAUGAAAGAUGGGGGGGUUGAGUAGUUCAAAUUAAUUAAUUUUGCCUGUCAUUCUCUUUCUUUUAGCUCGAUUGAUGCGUUUGCUUCCUGCUUUGCAUAAUUUGGUGUUUUGGUAGAUGUCACAGUAAAACUCAAAUCUAAAUGAAAAGCAUUUUCCCAUCAUUCUCCAGCACAACUGUGUGUAAUGUACACUGUGCAAUUAAAACAAAGCUGGAUCCUUUUUUUUUGGUUGUUUUUUUUUUUUUCUCUCUUUCUUGCUGUUUUACAUAUUAUUUUUCCAUGAUAUAGUAAAGCCAGUAACUGAAUAUGCAAAGUACUGAAAAUGCUUGGAGGCGAGUUUUCCAGUCAGGCCCAGCGUGUGUCCUAAUUUAAGUCGGCAUAGAAUAGAUGGUGUUGCACCUGCAUCAAAGUGUGCUUGAAGUGUCGUAGGUUCAUGUCUGCCCCAUUCCAACGUAGGUGCAAAUGUAUGGAGGAUUUUCUCGCCUUGUUCAGGAAGCAUGCAUUGAACCUUUUGACGGUGUCGACGGAAAGCUCGAGUCGGAUCUCUCAAUCCUCCUCUGGCAGUCUUUUACUGAUAAUACGAUGCCAUAGGCCACAUACAGCUGCCAGACACUAAGACUUAAGCUGCGGUUAAAUCCUCUGACGGUACUUGUAAUGUGGCACACAGUUUUGAAGGAAAUGACUGUGUUUAGAAAAGAUCUUGCCAGUUAGCAAAGCCUCGCUGAGUUUACAGAGUGGCGUGGUGGCCGGCGCGCGCAGAUCUGCCGAAUCCAAAAUCAUGACGUGUUGACUAACGCGCUCGGCUGCUCGGGUUUGUUGUCCAUUCACGCCUUGUAGUGAAAGAGGUUUGAAUGUUUCCUGUCAUGCUUGCAUGUGGUUUCUAUUUUGCUUUUUGAAGGAAAAGUCCAAUUCUUUGGAUUUUGCUGGUCUAGAAAUUUUAAAUCUUCUAGAUUAAGAUCUUUUUCUUGUUUUUUAAUAAAACAUCAUCACACACGCUUAUUGUGUUUAACGCCCCAGAUCCAAGUUGGUGACACAAUAGCCAAUAUGCAACACUUUCAUACCUGGAUGCUUGGAAAUAUGAUUUUUUUUUUUUCUUUUCUUUUCUCAACCGUUUGUCGUCGGUGGAACUCAGUGGGUUGUUGGAGAUACCUGUUUUUAUAACAGUGUAAAGCUGUUACAGAUCACUGUAUGUAAUGUGCCAUCAGAAGCACUAAUUCCUAAGAGAGAUGCACUUCUUGACUUCCCCUAAAUCAUGUUGCCACCGUUAGAAUUUAAUUCUGGAUUAAGCUUGAAAGGCAAGAUUGUGUUGUCCUUUUCAAUAAAUUCACUGUAAAGGAA